ACGUUCCGUCUCAGCUUCAUUUUAUUGAAAACUUUUGAGAAUCUUUUGUAACAUUUGUAAAAGUGACCUCUCUAUUGUAGAGUAUUUUUUAAAGUCUUAAAUGAACUGAGAGGUUUGAAGAGGUGUGUUCGAGAGACCUGAAGAGCUCGAAAUUGGAUUAACGUCGUCAGCCGCCUUUAAGAACUACAGCGAACGCUCAAGCAAUGUGUCUCGUGCGUGCUCGCUCUUAAUCCCAGCUCAACGGUCGAUUUCUUACCUCAGAAUUAUCAUGAGUCCUUAAACUUUCUCUAAAAAAACAGAAACGUUGAAGAAAUAGUUUUUAAAGCUUCACUCGGACAUGGAGAAUUACCACCACCACCCAAGAUAUGAGGGCUCAAGUCAAGGGAGGGAGAAUAAAAUACAUCGGAAAAGAGGAUUUGGAGUUGGAGUUGCUUCUCAUGGCAGUUCAAGUGGUGAUGACGGGGAGAGGAAACCGAAAUUCCACUUGAAUAUCAGAACACUUACUGAUGACGUGUUGGACAGGUUUGCCAGUAUCAGGAUACCUGGCAGUAAAAAGGAACGACCACACCUCUCCCACAUGGCCAAGCACUCCACUUCUGCUGACUGGACCACUCCCUCUGAAUUUGAGGAGCUGUCUUCAAAGAUAACCUCGGAAAAGGAAAUCCUUGCCCUCUUCGAGAAAAUGAUGGAGGAUAUGAAUUUAAAUGAAGAGAAGAAAGCACCACUCAGAGAGAAGGACUUGAGCAUAAAACGGGAGAUGGUCCUUCAGUACAUCGUCACAGCUGCAAAAACCGGUAGUUUGAGGAGCAGCAGCCAGGUUUCUCCUCUGGAGUUUCUCAGUGAGCUCAAAAGUGGAGCCACUGAUGAGAGACUGUUCGCCUGUCUGGACUCUCUUAGGGUGUCUCUCACCAGCAACCCAGUCAGCUGGGUGCAGAGUUUUGGCCAUGAGGGACUGGGCCUCCUGUUGGAGACACUGGAGAGGCUCCUCCUCAAAAAACACAAAGAAAAGGUGGAUGAGAAGAGUCAGCACAAAGUCAUUCAGUGCCUCAAGGCCUUUAUGAACAACAAGUAUGGACUGGAGCGGAUUCUUAGUGAGGAGAAGAGCCUGGUCAUUUUGGCCCAAGCCAUUGACCCAUGUCAGCCGGCCAUGAUGACGGAUGUAGUCAAACUGCUUUCUGCAAUUUGCAUUGUGGGAGAAGAGAACACUUUGGAGAAAGUCCUUGAAGCCAUCACCACUGCAACAGAGAGAAGAGGGGUGUCACGCUUUAGUCCUAUCGUCCAAGGCCUUAGUGUUCGUUCUGUCCAGUUACAGGUGGCUUGCAUGCAGCUCAUUAAUGCCCUCGUAACGUCUCCUGAUGAGUUGGACUUCAGGCUUCACAUCCGAAAUGAAUUUAUGCGCUGCGGACUGCGAGAGAUCCUGCCGAGCCUGAGUGCUAUAAAAAGUGAUGCUCUGGAAAUCCAACUAAAGGUGUUUGAGGAGCACAAGGAGGAGGACAUGAUUGAGUUCUCCCAUCGCCUGGAGGACAUCAGGAGUGAACUGGAUGAUAUCGGGGAUGUGUUUAAUGUGUUAUAUAGCACUGUGAAGGAGACCGAUGCCGAGAGUUAUUUCCUCUCAAUACUGCAGCAUCUGCUUUUGGUCAGGAACGACUAUUUCACACGGCCUCAGUAUUUUAAGAUCAUAGAGGAGUGUGUCUCUCAAAUCGUUCUUCAUCGUAGUGGCACCGAUCCUGACUUCACCUACCGCAAACGUCUGGAUGUGGACUUCAGCCACCUGUUAGAGGUGUGUGUGGAUAAAGCUAGGUCGGAAGAAUUUGAACAGAGGGCGUCUGAGUUGGCUCAAAAGUUUGAUGAGGAGUUCCUGGGCAGACAAGAAGCUCAGGCCCAACUGUUGAAUAGAGAGGAGAAGAUCAGUGAGCUGGAAGCUGAACUUCUGGCAUUUAGAAACCAGUUUGGGGCAGUUCCAGUGGUCUUGCCUUCAUUGCAGUCUGCCCAGGCCUCGUCUUCAAGCUCAUUUCCACCUGUUCUGCCUCCUCCUCCCCCUGGUCUGGGGGCUUCUGCUCCACUGCCCCCUCCUCCGCCACCGCCCCCACUAGGCUGUGGCUUCAUGGCCGGUGUGCCGCCACCCCCUCCUCCUUUGGGGCUUGCAUUCUCCUCACCCCAAUACAUGCUGCCGUUUGGCCUGAAGCCAAAAAAGGAAUUCAAGCCCGAGACGUCUAUGAAGCGCCUCAACUGGUCCAAGAUUUCACCCCAGGAGAUGUCCGAGAGCUGUUUUUGGAUCGUCGCUAAUGAGUAUUGUUACGAGAAUGAAGACCUGCUCUCCAGACUAGCCGUCACCUUUUGUACACAGAAAACCGCUCGAAAAGAAGAGGAUGACCUGGAGGAGAAGAAAUCAAUAAAGAAGAGAGUCAAAGAACUGAAAGUGCUGGACCCAAAGAUAGCGCAGAACCUCUCCAUUUUCUUGGGGUCAUUCCGUAUGUCAUACGAGGAGAUCAGGAGAAUCAUAUUAGAGGUGGAUGAGGAUCAGCUGACUGAGCCCAUGAUCCAGAAUCUUGUGAAGCACCUUCCAGAACAAGAGCAGCUCAACACACUGGCUAAAUACAAGAACGAAUAUGCAAACCUUUCUGAACCGGAGCAGUUUGGAGUAGUGAUGAGUAGCGUGAAGCGUCUAAAACCCAGACUGAACUCCAUCCUAUUUAAACUACAGUUUGAAGAGCAGGUGAAUAACCUGCGUCCAGAUAUUAUGGCGGUGAACGCAGCCUGUGAUGAGGUGAGGAAGAGUAAACCCUUCAGCAGGCUGCUGGAACUCAUUCUGCUCAUGGGGAACUUCAUGAACGCCGGCUCCCGGAACGCCCAGUCCUUUGGCUUCAACCUCAGCUCACUCUGCAAGCUCAAGGAUACUAAAUCAGCAGAUCAGAAGACCACUCUACUGCACUUCCUGGCAGACAUCUGUGAGGAGAAAUACCCUGAAGUGCUGAAGUUUGUGGACGAUCUACAUCAUGUGGACCGGGCCAGUCGAGUAUCAGCAGAAAACCUUGAGAAGUGUCUGAAACAGAUGGAGAAACACCUGCUGCAAUUGGAGAAGGAUCUGGACACUUUCAGCUCCACAGACGACCAGCAGGACCUGUUCCACAGCAAGAUGGCAAGUUUCUCUACACAAGCGAGAGAUCAGUACCAGAAGCUGGUGAUUAUGCACAGUAACAUGGUGACUCUCUACCUCAACAUGCUGGAGUAUUUCGCCAUUGACUCCAAGAAGACCUCCGUGGAAGAACUCUUCACUGACAUCAGCAACUUCAGAGCCAUGUUCAUGCAAGCACUGAAGGAGAAUGGAAGGAGAAGAGAGGCGGAGGAGAAGCAGAGGAAGGCAAGGGCAGCCAAAGAGAAGGCCGAGCGAGAGAAACAGGAGCGGCAGAUGAAGAAGAAAAGACUGCUGGAGGUCAACACAGAGAACGAUGAGACUGGUGUGAUGGAUUGUCUGCUGGAGGCUCUGCAGUCUGGAGCCGCUUUCAGAGACCGCAGGAAAAGAGCGCCCAGACCCCGAGAUGAACCACCUUACCGGCUCAGCCUGAGUCCACAAAGAGCUGUUCUAAAAGACUGCAAUCACGAAAACACGAAGGUGCCUCUACAAAGGUCACGGUCACGGCAGAAUAUCAAUUUCAGCUCAACGCGGGCACCCACUGCCAAGGAGCCUCAUUACGAGAGCGAACCCCAUCCGUCUGCAGCCCACAGACCGACCCACCGCCCCGACAGAGAGAAGGAGAAAGAAAAAGCGAGAGAACGAGACAAGGAAAAAGAGCAAACGCCACAGCUUUGUUCAUCCAACGGAGACACGGACGUGGAGGCCUUGCUCGCUCGCCUGCGUGCCCUCUGAUGACAUCACCACCGCAUCUGCGAAUCCUCCCCAGACCUCACGGUUUGACCUCUGUAGUCACUAUGGUGACACACAGACAAAAAAAUUAAACAAAGCUCGCAGUCACCUUUACUAAUAAAUGCCGUCAGGUUGUUGCUCGCACACACACAUAGAAAGAGUCUUAACAAUUAACCUUUCCCGUCCGUCUCCUCUGCCCUUUUACCCCCAACAACGUGUCAACCGAAGCAUGAUUCAUUGUGCCGGUCUGGUCCAGGUUGAAAACUCGACGCUUCAGUCGUCACUGUCUUUUAUUAAGCACCUAAUUACUGGACAGUUACGAAUGACCUUUAAGCCAAGCACUCGCCUCAUUUUAAUGUAAUAAACAGAGCAAUUAUUACUCUUUAAAAGGCUUUAAGCGGUUCUCUAGGAUGAAGCAUAUUCACAUAUGCAGACAAAUCAGAUUUACCUUCUGUAAAAUAUUUAGCAUAAUGACACUUUGCUCAUCACAUAUCUAUAUGUUAAAAUUAGUUUAUUAUAAAUAUUAAUCACAUUUCUACUCUUUCCAAUGUAUCUUCUUCACCCAUGUGUAUGUAAUCGAAUUAAAACCCAAAAGUUUUAUUAUGCAUGAAAAACUUUAUACUUCCUAAGAUUAUUAAUGUACUAUUAUUAUUUUUUUUCUAUUUUUGAAAUAAAAAGAAUGUAUAAGUUGUUUUUCUCACCUCACAGGAAAUGUUGUUAUGCAGGAGUGUCAGGAGAGAAUAAUGCACAUUUGUUCUGGGAUCUGCGUUUCCUUUUGUCCUUGUUUGUUAGACAUUCAAUUGUUUUUUUUGUAUGUUUAUUUUUCUGUCUUGUUGUGUGUGUGUGUGUGUCUUCGUAUAAUUGGCAGUUUUUCACAUUCCUCCUCAUGAUGUUUUCUGUUCUGCUAUUCCUGAUGUAAUUUUCCUCUUUACUGCUCUCAAUCAGGCGUGACAUCGGAAUGAGAUUACCUAUGAAAUCACAUCUUUCUCUCUCUCUCUCUCUCUCUCUCUCUCUCUCUCUCUCACGUGCUUUCUCUCCCUGGACUUUUACUUCUUUCACAUCACCUUUUUUUAAUUUCUUGAUAUUCCUGUUACUGCCGUAGACAUAUUUAGGGUAAAAUUAUUUUGGUGAAAUCUUUCAAAUAAA